AUGGCCCUCACAACAACAAUCGACAUUGACGCCACUCUCAGACGAUUCUGGGAGCUGGAAAGCAAUCAUCGCAAGGCAGAAGUUCAACCUGAGGACGAAGAGGUCGAGAAACACUGUCUCAACUCACACACUCGAGACGAUAAUGGCAAAUACAUCGUGGAGCUUCCUUUUAAAUCCUCAGAUCCCGAAUUCGCAGACACCCUUCAAGAAGCUUUGCAGCGGUUCAAAUCGGUUGAACGCCGUUUAGCACAAAAUCAUAAGCUACGUAAGGAUUACGUAAACUUCAUGAGGGACCAUAAAAGUCUAGGACACAUGCGAGAAAUCUCACUGAGCCACAUCAUCAUCGUCAUCAUCAUACCACAUCAUCCUGUAUUGGGUCGGAAACUCAGAGUAGUCUUCCACGGCUCUUACCGGGACGAAAAAGGCAAGGCGUUAAACAAAACACUCUCGAUCGGGCCUAGUAUUCAGCGAGACCUGUUUGCUGUGUGCCUGCGGUUCCGUAUGUACAAGUACGUAUUUUCAUCGGACAUAGCCAAAAUGUUCCGUCAAAUCUGGUUCGAGUACUGGCGCAACUGGCUGCUGACCACCAAAAGGAGUUUCCAACUGCAGCAAAAAUCUUGA